AUGACUGCUUCCAUGUUAUCUAGAGAAAUGCUAGAAGAAUUGGAAACCUGUUUCCAAGUACGUCACAUGAUUUGUUUUGAUAAACUUCAUAUUAUACUAAAUUACUAG